ACAGACGGACGGUCAAAACAGGUCGACCCUCACUCGUCAGUGUCGCUGCGCAGAGAGGAAGGACAGCAUGGACUAUUUCCCAAGUUUUUCCAUCGAGACCUGGACUUUGAUAGUGAUUCUUCUCUCUCUCCUCGCACUGUAUGGAUAUGCACCGUAUGGAUUUUUCAAGAAACUUGGCAUUCAAGGACCGAAACCACUGCCCUUCAUCGGGACCUUUUUAGAGUACAGAAAGGGUCUCCAUGUAUUUGACACCGACUGUUACAAGAAGUAUGGCAAGGUGUGGGGCAUAUAUGACGGCAGGCAGCCUGUGUUGGCUGUGAUGGACACAGCCAUGAUCAAGACCAUCCUCAUAAAGGAGUGCUACUCCAUCUUCACCAACAGACGGGAUUUCGGGCUAAACGGACCGCUGAGCGAUGCCGUUUCAGUUGUGGAAGAUGACAACUGGAAGAGAAUUCGCAGUGUACUCUCACCAUCGUUCACCAGCGGAAGACUAAAAGAGAUGUACCCCAUCAUGUUACAACACUCAGGCAAGCUGUUGAAAACCCUUGAGCAGAAAGCAGAAGCUGACGAGGUCAUAGACGUUAAGGAUAUCUUUGGACCUUACAGUAUGGACGUUGUGACCAGUACCGCCUUCAGUGUUGACAUCGAUUCCAUCAACAAUCCCUCUGACCCAUUUGUAACCAACAUUAAGAAAAUGGUCAAAUUCAAUUUCCUGAGCCCGCUGCUGGUUAUUGUGGUGCUGUUUCCAUUCUUGGGACCGGUCUUUGACAAAAUGGACGUGUCAUUCUUCCCUUCGGAUGUGCUGGACUUCUUCUAUAGCUUCCUGAAGAAGGUCAAAUCUGACCGACAGAAGCAUGACCAUCAGAAAAGAGUGGACUUCAUGCAGCUGAUGGUGGACUCUCAGACCACUGUGAGUGCUGAAGUCAUGGACUCUCAGAAAGGGUUAACCGAUCACGAGAUCCUAUCCCAGGCCAUGAUCUUUAUCUUUGCCGGAUAUGAGACCAGCAGCAACACAAUGUCUUUCUUGGCCUACAACCUGGCAACCCACCCUGAAAUCCAGAAGACCUUACAGGAGAAGAUUGAUGAGGCCUUCCCAGACAAGGGUCGACCAACAUAUGAAGCCGUGAUGCAGAUGGAGUACCUGGACAUGGUGCUCAAUGAGUCACAGAGGCUGUUUCCUAUUGCCGUUCGACUUGAGCGAGUAGCAAAGACCUCUGUGGAGAUUAACAACAUGACGAUUCCUAAAGGAACAGUCACCAUGAUCCCUCUUCACGCACUCCACCGUGAGCCCAACCUCUGGCCUGAGCCUGACGCCUUUAAACCUGAAAGGUUUAGCAAAGAGAACAGAGACAACAUAGAUCCUUAUGCCUACCUACCCUUCGGAGCAGGACCAAGGAACUGUAUUGGCAUGCGAUUUGCUAUCCUGAUGAUGAAGUUGGCCACAGUGGAAAUCCUUCAGAACUUCAGCUUUGUAACCUGCAAGGAGACCGAAAUUCCCCUGGAGCUGGGAAAUGAUGGUAUCUCCUCCCCAAAGAAUCCCAUCAAACUGAAGCUGGUUCCCAGAGCACACGUAGCCGCUUGACCCGCGAGCUAACUUCCUUUUUCGGCUGACAUUAUGGAUGACAGGACGGCCUACUGACUGUUGAGGUUGAAUUCCCUUAAGUCUCAUUAAGCAAGAUACCUAAACCUACCAGGGCUGUUUUUUUAUUAAUCUGCUAGCCAAAAGAGACACCCAACCUUGGACGAUUAACAAAAAUGUGAAAAUGUACCUCGUUGUCGUAGUGUCAUUACUAUCUCUCAUUCUAAAGAAUGUUUUCUUUUAUUUCAUAUAGUCAUUCAUACAUGUGAGGGCAAUGCUGGAUUAGUACCCCCAGGGGUCCCUGGGCACUGAAGCUCAUACCCCCCCCCCCCCCACACACACACACACACACACACCACACACUUCCGACGUCCCAGCCAUUAAACCCCACCUUAAUUGUUUUGAGCUUCCAGUCAAGCUGGCAUAUCAAAUCCACCAGACCAUAAUCACACACCUAUUGGUCAAACGCUGAAUAACCAGUCCAGCUGAGCAGGUAUUCCUUUGUAGUUCAACAGACCAAGUACUGCCAUUUCACUCACAAACCACAAGACAAGGAAACAAUGGAUUAAAUCAUCCCAAGGCAGUGUAUGACUCUAGACUAUGGCAAUAUUUGUGUUCAUGGAAAACCACCCAAGCAGACAGCCCAUCCGUUAUUACUGAUACAUAAUAAUGUGACUGACUAGGAACAGGCUUUACAACAAUGCCAUCCUAAGGUAAUCACACAGCACAGCUGAAUGCAGGUUUCAAAAUAAGGCUCCCUAAGUGAGCUAGGCAACUUCACACAGAACUGCAAAAACCAACAUAUAAUGAACUUGACAAACUGACUCCAACACACUAUAGCAGCAUCACACCACAGUGAUGCAAUACACAUGUUGUGCAAACAGCAUAACAAAUAAACUCAUCCACAAAAUAGACAGCAACACACAAUCACAACAGAUAACACUGCUCAAUGUACAGACAACAUAAUCAAAUGGUUCUUACCCUUAGUUCUUCUUUCUUUCUUUCUUUCUUUCUUCUUUCUUUCUAGCAGAGGCAGUGUUUUGCUGCUGGAGCUAAAGACUUACAGGCUAACAUUUUCAUUGCUAGCUAGCUGAGGCUGCAUUGCUGCAACUGAUGGUAGACGCUUCCAGGCCAUCGUUACUACUUGCUAGCUUGGCAUCCUCCAUCGGCAUGCCCUCUUCUUCACUUUGUUUAGCUUUUUUGAAAAAAAAACUACUUUAUUAGCGGGACAUUUUUUAUCGUGGCCACUUCUUUUACUUCCUUUUUCUUUCUUUUGGCAGCCCUGCUGAGUUUUUUUUUUCUUUUCAUUUUCCCCCCUUUUUCUUCCCAAUUGUAUUAGGCCAAUUAUCCCGAGCCAUCCCGGUCCCUGCUCCACACCCUCUCUGCCGAUCCGGGGAGCGCCCCGAAUGCCAUCCAUUUUCUGCUGCUUGGCAAGUUUUCACGCACACUUCUCACUGAUACAACCUAACUGAUAGUGGGUCAGGUAAAAAAUAAUGCCACUGUUUUUAACUUUGCCUUGGCUUAAGAAAAACUAAUCUAAGUCACCUGCUCGCUAUGCCAACCCACCUUGACCGUUGGCCAGUCUAUACAGUGUAUUGCUGCUUGCUCAACAGUCACCACUUGCCCAACCAUCUCACCAAUAUAAUAAUCAACCCUGAGACUUAAUUUUCUUGAAAACAACUUUUAUUUAAUUCUGAUUGGAUAAUUAUCAAGAGAAUGGGGCAAGCUUUGUGUCAUAUAUCUGUGGAGCCUGACAUGAAAAAAAAAACCGCAUACAUUUUUUUCUCCCAUCGCGGAGGGCCCUUUUACACUUAGGGGCGCUCCUGGGCAUAUGCCUAGGUUGCCCACAUAGGUAGACCCAGCAUAGUGUGAGGGUUUACGUAUAUGUGUUUUUUUUGUGUUGAAAAUUCCACAAAUAAACCAUAGAUCAAAAGAAUAUAUAUGAAAUUAUCUGUAACCUGUAAAUUCAGAGUAAUCAGCUUAAAACUGCAGAUAUUUUUCAGGUUUUUGUGGUUCUCGUUUAAAUAAUUUCUAUUUGUGUGACUCUUAAGUCAUAAAUGCUGCUUUAUAAAAAACGUUAUACCCCAAUAUUUACUAGUUAAUAGUCUUCCUCAUGAGGUGGAGACCUGGGUGUGUUACAUAAAAGAAGGUUGAAUCAGUUCAUCUGGAUACGUUUAUUGACAGAUACGUUUCAUCCUUCAACUGUCAACUUUAUCUGUCAAUAAACAUUGUAUCCAGAGAACUGAUUCAAUCUUCUUUGACGUUCUUACCUGGGUUAAUGAGCAUGCAACAAGAUGCUGGGUGUGUUACUUUGUCAUCUCUUUGAACCUCUGUGUUUCUCUUAUGUAACUCCACAUAGGUAAACGAAGCCAUCAUGUCUGUUAAGAGAUGAGUCAACACGGCACUUGUUGUCCAGUCCAGUGUUUCCCAACCCAGUCCUGAAGGAACCCCUAUCCUGCAGAUUUUCUUUGCAACCCUGAAUAGGUACCUUUUUGUAGUUAUUCAACCAAUCAGCAAUGAAUUAUGUCAGAUUUUGCACACCUUGCAUAAUUAAGUACUGUGAGAUGAUUGGUUGAGUAAGUACAAGCAGGGCUACCUAUGCAGGGUUACAAUGAAAAUCUGCAGGAUGGGUGUUUCUUGAGGACUGGGUUGGGUAACGCUGGUCCAGUCAGUCGGUCUGUUAUCUCUUUACCUCCUUUCCAAAGGGCCAAGGGUCAAGGCUUCGUGGUGGCUGUUAUGUCCCCACCAGUUUCUUUUUGAACUGAAAAAAAUGACUUUGUCUCUAACAGGUACUUACAGACAUUUACAAACACUUCCACUUUUAUGUAUUUUCACAAUGUAGAUAAUUUUUGUAAAAGUUUUAAAAACUGUUAAUAAAGUGAUAAUACAGAU